GCCGCCUGGGACCCCGGCCCAGCUCUCCGGGCUGCUCUGGACGUGCGACGGUUCGGUUCGAACUGAGUAACCUGUACAAGCCUUUGGUUUGGUCACACCUUUCCCAACUCUACUGAGGCAUCUGUGUGAAAGGAUCUGGGCUGAGGAAAGUCCAGACCUUGAUACUCCCUCAAGGAAGUGGUCACUGUUCCUUACUUAAGUUUCUGAAGGCUUCAAGGGAAACCCAAUUUAGGGAAGACUCAAUGGCUCUAGGUGAAGAUGUGGCAGAGACAGACGCAUCUGUCAACACGAAGGUCCCAUCCUGUGGCAGGUGGAACUCUGGGGAACAGGAGCUGCUGCCCCCAGGACUCAAGCCACAGCAACCCCUGCAUCUGGAAGUUGAGAGAGGGCCACUGUGGAGGGCUGAGGCUGGCCCUGACUGCAUCUCUGGAGUUUUCUUGUCACAGGCCCACGUUGCCAGCGGAGAACCAGUAGCAGAUAGGUCUAAACCUACCCUCAGAGACCCACUUCCUUCUGCCAGCAUGGGGACUGGAGACCUUCACUCUGCGGGAAGCCAUAUGGAGGAAAACAAACUUCCUGCCUCCCAGGACCUGUAUCAGAGGGUUAAAGUCCUUGGAACUAUAACUGUGUGCUCAGAACAUGAUGCUGACAGUGAAGACAACCAGUCCCUGAUUGAGUCACCUCAAGUUCUGGGCCUCAGCCAGCAACCUCACGUCUCAAGUUUCCCUCUGCUAUCACAAUGGAAGACCACAGUGAGCCCAGGUGCUCCUCAGCUCUCUAGCGGAAGCAUCUCUGCCUCUUCCAUGGGCAACAGUCUCCAGGAUCACCAGGAGAAGGCAGAGCCUCACAGUAGCUCCUUUGCCAAGGUCUCCUCUCAGGAGUUUAUUGUACCCCAUGGAGCCCCCUCUGUGGUGGGGUCAGAGCCUCAGUCCCUGUGGUCACCACAGCCUGGGGUCCCUGGGGGUAAUGCUACUAGCCUGGGUAAGAGACAGCUCUCCUUUCAGGCAGAGUACUGGGCCUGUGUGCUGCCAAAUUCUCUACCUCCCUCUCCUAACCGCAAUUCCCCACUCUGGAACCCAAAUAAAGAGUAUGAAGAUCUGCUUGACUACACUUACCCACUGAGGCCUGGGCCUCAGCUCCCAAAGCAACUUGAGAGUCAUGUACUGGCUGACCCUGUCAUGCAGGACUCAGGUGUAGAUCUGGACAGUUUCUCUGCCUCCGCAGCAAGUACUCUCAAGUCACCCACUAACAUCUCACACAAUUGCUUAUCAGCAGAAGUGCCUGCCCUGCCAUUUUCUGGAGCCAGGGAGCCAUGCCUUAAGUGUUGGCCCUUGGGAGUAUCCCAGAAACAGGAUGGCAUAAGCCUGGCAUCUUGGAAGCAGCUUGCAUCAACCCCUAGAGCCUCAGGUACCAAGGCUACUUCUUGUGAGAACAGAGAGGCAGCCCCAAGGGACACAAAGAACUAUCCACCUAUAGGCAAGAACCUCAGUGUGGGUUCUCCCCAGCUAAGGACAAAGGAGAGGGGCCUGCCCUUUUCUAGACUAGAGAGAGAGAAGAGAGCCUGCCGGAAUGUUGGGCAUCCUGCCUAUGUGAAGCCUGGGUGGACAUCAGAAGAGGAGAUGGAAAGUGAGGAUGAGUACCUUGCCUUGCCCACGAGGCUGACUCAGGCUUCUAGUCUGAUGUCCUACUUAGGUGCCAUUCCCACCCUUGUGAACCUACCCCCUGGGGCUGCUGAGGAGCACAGUUCACUGGAAGUCUCAGACAGUGAUGGGUCAGCUUCCCCCACAUUGGACUCCAGCCAAAGGCAGCAUCCUUCUGGUGCUACCUUCCAAGGGCCUAUGGUCCAGAACCCCUGCUUCGUGGACUCUAUCCAUCCCAAAGACUCCUCAGACAAAAGUAAUAUGAUGAGCAGCCAGGCCCUUGGGGUCUCUUAUGGACUGCUGAAAACUCACCCCUCGAUGCAAGCUGCGUCGGACAGGUGGUCAUUCUCAGAGCCAGCUGCUGGAGAGAGGCUUCCCAGGAACACAGGGCAGGGGAAAGCGUCACUGGUGCAAUGUGUGCAGACAUUUUGUUGUCAGCUGGAAGAGCUCAUCUGCUGGUUGUAUAAUGUCACAGAUGUUGCUGACCUCAGUGCUCCACCCAGUUCCACUCUGACGGGUCUCAAGUCUUCUCUGCAGCUUUACCGGCAAUUUAAGAAAGAUGUAGACAAACAUCAGUCCCUGACAGAGAGUGUCUUGGAGAAGGGGGAGAUUCUUCUUCAGUGCCUGAUGGAUAACACCCCAGUUUUGAAGGAUGUCCUUGGGAGGAUCGCAGAGCAGUCUGGUGAGCUGGAGAGCUGUGCAGAUCACCUUUAUGACUCCAUCUUAGCCUCUUUGGACAUGUUGGCCGGCUGUACCCUCAUCCCUGACCACAGGCCAACAGCAGCUAAAGAACACCUGCCUGAAAGACUUUAACUCAGCACAGGUGGACUCAUCAUCAGCUAAACUGGGGAGAAAACAAGAACUUGUUGGAAGAACCAUUUAACAGUUAAGGUGUAAGGGAGACACAGCUCUGAACAAACUGCUUUAAGAUGCCUUUCCCAUCUCUGAAGGGUUCUUGAGUCUCUGUUCUCAUCGUGAAACCCUCCAAACGAAGGCUUUUCCUUUUGGUGCUUCUCUACCAAAAAUACGUGGCUUUACAAUUUUGAUAAAAUACUAGGAUUUGUGGGUCUCAUGUACCUCUUCUGUUUAAAAACCAGCAGAUAAGCUGCUCAAGAAAUGUUCUAAGUACUUGGAAUUAGCAUACCUGUUAAUCUUUUAGACAUAAAGUACAAUAUUUCACAUGCCUGCUGCAACCCAGUAUGGCUUUUCACAAUGCUUAUGGGCGUGAUCCAAAUUAAACUGUGUUGAUUCUGCCAUCUCUAAGUCAAGCUUAUUUCUUACAUUGUACGUGGUGAAUAAUGUGCUUUCAAAAGGCAAAAGAAAAUGCUUUUCUAGCAAAUGAGAAUUGGUUAAAAAUCAGUACAUUUUACCUUUCUGGUGUGACUUUAAAUUGACUUCUCAUUAAUGUUAGAGCUGCCCUCAGAAAUUAAACCCAUAUGGCAGGCAUGAAAGUCAGUCAGCAUAAAAACUGAAGAUGGAUGGGCUGGAGAGAUGGCUCAGAGGUUAAGAGAACUCACUGCUGUUCCAGAGGUCCUAAGUUCAAAACAGCAACCACAUGAUGGCUCACACCCAUCUAUAAUGAGAUCUGGUGCCCAGAACACUAUAUACAUAAUAAAUAAAUUAAAAAAAAACCCUGAAGAUGGCAGAACCUUACAGAAAAGAGUUAACCAGUUGCACCAAUUGAAUGCAGAAUGAAGCGCUCCUGUUCUCUUAAAGUAUAAUUACAACCAGCUUCAACUGACAGUGUUUAGUUUGGAAUAUACUGUUUCCCAACAAAGUACUACCUUGCCUGAAGACGGUCCAUGCUUUUGUUCAUCCUCUUUGUAACAAAAAGAUAAGCUUUUUUGUAACUAAAGGGUGCAAACUCUGACCUUGGCUGUGAACGCCACUUAAGAAUAUCAACACAGCUGUUAAUUGUAUCUUCUGCUGUGUGUUAACUUUUGAGCUGAAACUGUCUCAGCCUAGGAUGAUGCCACCAUUUCCAUGUGCAAGUGUGGCCAGGGUAGGUUCAUUCACAUGGCCAUGUUAGAAUUUAUAUACGGUCCUUUAAAGUUCAUUUGAGUCCACAAUAAAGUAGCAUCUCAAUGCAGGGUUCUUGUCUGUCUAGAGCUAAGCUCUAGCACAAAACAGAGGCUUCAAAGACAGGUUGUUCUGAAACUUAAAUGGAACCCAAAAGGAGCGGUGUGCUGAAUGGCCAAUAUGUGCUUGAGAGGGAACUUCUUCUCAAGUGAGCAUAGGAAGUUAGCAUGAGUCCAAUGACUACUGUUUGUUAAGGGUUCCAGGCAAUGGCAGAAUGUUCUUCAUAUUACACAAGUUACUGUGUAGCAGCCACUUUUCAUUUUUAGUAUAAUUGGUAUUUCGCUAUUAUGUGCACAAUUAGAGCCCCCAAUAGUCUUGAAGUGUUUAUACUUGAAAAGUGGGAUAUACCCCCCAAACUGCAUUUAUUGGUGCAUACAUCAAAGCAAAUAGUAGUUAAGUGUACUGAAAUGGUGUUGUAAGCCCUAAUCUUGCUGCCAGUGGUGAAAGAAAACUAGGAUUUUGCAAAGUCUGUAAAUUUGUUUAUAUUAUAAAUGUUUUCUGCUAACAAAGAAUAAACCAAAAGUUUGAACAGUUUUUGCUAUUGUAAAAUUAAAGUGCAUGGCAUCACUUUGUCUUACAUUGUUUCUUUAUCAUUUAGUUAUUAUAGAAAACAGUUUAUGAACUCUUUCUCCCUUUGUAUUGUCAAGGAAAAAACCCAACAGUGUACAAUAUAUAUAUAUAUGUAUAUAGGUCAAAAUAUAUUUUGACCCAUAUAUACUGAUGGCUUCAGGAGUUUCCAGUUGUCUUACAUAAGGACGAAUAGACCCAACAAGCACAUCUAUAAUACAAAGUAAACUAUGAUUUUAUUGUGAAAUUCUCAUAGAUGGAAAAUUAAAUUGAAUAUUUAUUCUGUCCAUUUUUCAUUUUACAAUAAUCUUACCACUUAUUUUUGUACCAUGUAUUUCAAUUGUCUGUUUAGUGAAAAAUAAAGAAACCUGUAAUU